AUGGCAACUUUUCCAACGACCCUGCCAGCAUCAUGGUACACGAGCAAGGCCAUUGGCGACCUGGAACGACGAGCUGUAUUUUUGCAGACGUGGAUACUGCUGGGUGCAGUCACUAAAUGGCCAAAUGUGGGCGAGCGGUACGCAAACAGCUUGGCCGAGGUCGAGCUGUUUGUGCAGCGGGUCUCUGAAGACUGGCGAAGCAUACAAGUAUUUUCUGCAGCUGAUGGCUCCGCGAUCCGCAGCCACCUGACGGCCACGGGGCUGCUCUUUGUCACGCUGUCAGAGGCCACGGUCAGCUUCGACGACUUCUUCCCCGGCCUAGAGGAGCUGAUAGGCCAGAUUGACUUCCAGCAGUUUGCGCCCCGGCGCAGCCUCGAGUACGAGGGCCGGUACAACUGGAAGGCGAUGAUGGACGGCUACCAGGAGUGUCUGCACUGCCCGUAUGCACACCCGAGCUUUGCCAAGGUGUAUAGGUUCGCCACGUACCGGGUGCUGAACCGGCACAACUACUCGCAGCACAUUGCAGCGACAGACCGGCCCAACGACGGUCUCUUCCUCUACUUUUUCCCCAACUCGACGCUGAACCUGUACGGCGGCGGGAUGUCGUCGUUUCGGGCGUGGCCGACGGCCGAUCCGCGGCGGUCCACAGUGGACUUUGAUUACUACCACGUCGCGCCCGAGAGCUCGGACACGUUCGACACGUACUUUCGGUUUGCGCGCACCGUCGCGGUCGAGGACCACGAUCUCUGCGAGAAGGUCCAGCAGAACUUGGACGUAGGCAUCUAUACGGAGGGCAUCCUCAACCCGGACAAGGAGAACGGGGUGGCAUAUUACCAGAGCCGCGUGCUGGAAAUGUGUGCUGCCCAGUACGAGAAGGAAAAGGAGAGUUUGGCGGGGGAUAGCGUUGCCGUGAAGCGAGAAGAAAUACCGUCGGUUUUUGAGCCAGAGACCGCAGAUAGGAAUGUCACCAGUAUUAGAAUUACAGCUAUGGAAAGUCCGUCGUCGGCCGUUGCACAGGCAAACUGGGCAGAAACGCGCAGCUUCGACGAGCCAGCGAAAAGCGCGACGACCAGAACGCCAGAGCCGGCGUACAGACAUACCAAGAGCCGAAAUGGAUGCGUGACCUGCAAGGCAAGACGGCGCAAGUGCGACGAGGCCAAGCCGUCGUGCAGCCAGUGUGCGCGUCGCCGAGUGACCUGUGGUGGCUACAGCAGCGGUCUGCGAUGGAAGGAGUUUUCGCAGCCCGAGCCAGCGGCGGUUCUGUCGGGACGCAAGGGCGCGGCCAGGAGCUCGCGACAGCGGAGAGCAGCCGCGGCGAGUCCGGGAUCCCAUGGCGGCCAGACGCCUCCACGACUGCCCGACACGACUGCAAACAUUCUGUUCGCCGAACCGGCCGAGACGCUGGAGCCGCUCGUCGACAUGGACCUGCUGCUGGCCGACAUCCACGCGACGCUUGAGGGGCCGUCCGGCCUGGAGGACAACCUGCUGGUGGACUACCGGCUGGUAAAUGGCGAUGAGGACGACACAGCUGGGCUUCCGUCUUUUUUCCACGGCAGCACAGACGCAGAAGCCGAGAUGGUGGACCUGGAUCUGGACCUGCUCGAAGCCGAGGAUGACGACAGCACGGCCACGGUCACCGGCUGGCAGCUGCCUUUUGAGGCCAUGGCCACGGCUGCCUCUUCGUCCUCGUCUUCGGCCGUGUCAUCCUCCUCGACCACUGCUAAGCUGGCCCACACGCUGUACCAGCAUCCUCGCUUCCACAGCGGCAGCCCAGAGCACAUUGCCUUUCUCUUCAACCGGCGCAUCUGUGAGGUGCUCUGCAUUCGUGACGACGGCACGGCCGGAAACCCGUGGCGACGCAUCGUCUGGCCGCUGGCCCAGGACCACGCCGCACUCUACCACGCUGUCGCUGCCAUGACCUGCUUCCAGGGUGCCAACCGGCUGCCGCAAUUUCGCGCCGAGGGCUUGCGCCAUCUCAACACGAGCAUACAGCAGAUGUACGGCAGCCGAGGAGAGAGCAACAGCUCCAACAGCAGCAAUAUGCGCCUCGAGGUCGCCCUGGCCGUCACUCUUGUCCUCGGCUUCGCCGAGACUUGGUACUAUCCCCGGUCAUCGACCGGGAUCCGAUUCGUCCAACGGGCCAAGGGGCUCCUACAAACCGCGCUCACCGACAAGAGCAACGACAGCUCGUCCGACCUGAUCUGCCUCCGCUUUCUCGCCAACACUUGGGUCUACAUGGACGUCAUCUCGCGCUUUACCUGUCACGGCCUCCAGACGGUCGACACCCGCUUCAUGGCCGCCUGGCGCCGCCUCGACCCGCAGCCACACACGGCCACACGGCGGAUGCAGGUCGACCCGCUCAUGGGAACGGCCGCGACGCUGUUCCCGCUAAUUGGCCGUGUGGCUGACCUCGUCAACCGCGUGCACGGCAGCACGGCGACGUCGUCAUCGGAAGAUCCUAACGACCUCAACCCGCCCGGCCUCGUGGCUGAAGCUGUUGAGCUCAAGAUGGCCAUCGAGCGCUGGCGGCCGGCCGAAUUGACAGACGAGGAGGACGUCGUCGAGGACCUGAAUGCUGACUCAGCAACCCCACCCUCGUCCUCUUCGGCUUCCGACCUCGUCCAGACGGCGGAUGCGUACAAGUGGGCAUCUCUGCUGCUGCUGCACCAGGCCGUGCCCGAGCUGCCACGGCCGCGCACCUCACUGCCUGCUCGGCUGGCCCGCCGCGUCCUCGUUAUGCUGGCCACCGUGCCGCUCGGCUCGCGUGCCGUCAUAUUUCCUGUUUUGCCGCUGCUCAUCGCCGGCUGCGAGGCCGACAACCGGGCUGACCGUGACUGGGUCCGCCAGCGCUGGCAUGCCCUAUCCAUCGGCAACAGCUCCGGCAUCGUCGACCGCUGUCUCGAGCUCACCCUCGAGGUCUGGCGCCGUCGCGAUGGCGAUGUCCAUUGGCGUCCACGUCGUCGCCAGCAUCGCCAGCAUCGCCAGCAGGCCGGGUCCUUCCCAGAUUGGACCCAGAACCGGCUCGUUGACAACAGAAGUAGUAGCCCCCGGCCGGACGACAACGGCGACUUCGCCAACCCCUUUACUCUGCCGCCUUGGUCCGCUGCCGCUGCACCGUUCUCCGAAUCCCUUCAGCCAGCGCAGCCACGGGAAUCCGACUGCUCCCCCUUCCCCACGCCUGAAUACACUGUUAAGAGCAGGCAGCACUGGCUAAGCGUCAUGCGCGACUGGGGCUGGGAAGGAUGA